AUGGCCUUCUUCGAACGCAUGACGAGCCCCCAUCGCCAUUCGCCCAUCCUGCCUCUCCACAACCCUCCGAAACGACUUCCCAGCGAAUACCAACUCAACGAACUGGACCCUCGACCCGACGAUGCCUCGUCAAACGAGGGAGACCUGCCUAGAGCCUGGCAAUCCCACUAUGAUGAACCAUCCGAGUCGCGUGGGGUCUCGCCGACCACAUGGCGUAGCAAGUCCGGCUCCAGCCAGUCGGUUCACAACGUGAAGCCGAACCGACGACCGAUGUUUGCUGGUCCACCGCCGCCGAUAACAGCAUCGAUGUUGAUAAGCAAGGAGUCGUUCAGGGCCGAUUCGGUUGGCCCUUCAGGCCGCAAGAAACCUACGCCAUAUAGCCUUCUCGGUGGCAGCCCGACCGAGGCUAACAGCGUCUUGUUUGAUCACAGGCGUGAAGCUGCUAUCAACACUUCCGAUUCCGUUUGGCGAGGCUUGCGGAGGCAAGAGAAGGCCUUGGAGAAAGAGGUUCAGCUCCUGCUCGAUCAGCAAGCCGCCGCCUUGGCCGCUGGAACCGGCCACGAGAAUGACGAAUCAAGCACGGGGAGUAGCACUCCGACGAGCACAUUCUACUCUACGAAAAGUUCCAAAUCGAAGAUGGCCAGCUCUCUCUAUGUGCCGCCUCGGGCCACCCGCGACGGCAACGUGGUGCCAAUCAGACAGCCGGCAAACGAUAAGCCGCCAGGGCUGAGGUCGACCAGAGGCGCUCUCCGGGAGUUGAUAACAUCCAUGACGAGGCUCAAGGAAGACGAACAUGCUCACCUGGACGACGCCAUGAUGCAGCGACAAGAUGCGCUCAACUACCUGGACCGGCUAGGCAGCAGGAAAACCGGCAUACAGGCAGAGCUGGAUGAUCUGACAGAGAACGGCGACGAGCCGCUAGCGAGAGAGCUGCGCGACCUGAACACGCAGCAUGAUGCCCUAGGCAAGGAGAUACAGUUGCUCGAGGAGAAGUUGGCCGCAAUGCGGAUAGAGCACCGCACACUGGAAGAGAGAAUAGACGACAUCAAGAAUAAGAGAGAGGCAGGACUCAGCGGAUACUACGGCGCAUUACGAGAUGUGACCAACGAAGCAAAUGCAUUUGUGCAGCACCCUCCCAUUCAACCGCUUGACGAGGACCUCCUGUGGCAGGGCGGCGAGGCUGACGGAGACCCGGCCGCUUCGGGAGGACGCGAGUUCAUGCGCCUCAUCCCCGAGCGGCGGACGCUGGAAAUGGCAAGAUCAUGGUGGACGGCGGAGAUGACAGUGCUGAAGCGCUGCAAAGAGCGUAUCGAUGAGGAUCGCCAAGCGUUGGAGGAAGGGGGCCGGGUCUGGGACAAGGUCACCCAGCUGGUCUCGACAUUUGAGGCAGAUUUGCGAGAGGCGAUGCAGGGUGGCACCGCGGCGUCUUCAUCAUCUUCAAGCCCGAAAGGCAAAGACAAGGUGCCCUCGCAGGAGGAGAUUCUCUCCGAUCAGCUGUCCCGAAUGAAGCAAGUGAUUGAAGAGCUGGAAGACCAAUUGAGGCAAGCCGAAGAAAAGCGCUGGAACCUCUUGAUUUGUGCUAUCGGCGCAGAACUGGAAGCCUUCAAGGAGGCCUACAACGUCUUAAACAGCUUGCUACACCCCCCUGAGAAGCGGCUUCCCGGCGAUGGCGGAGAUGCGUCUGAGAAAGAGGCAGAACCAGGACAUCGACCUGCCACGCAGAAGGAGGAGAGUCAUGCGGCUGAUGAAGAGAGCGACAACGAGGUGCCGUCAGACUUUCUCGGCGGCGAACAUGAUGCGAGGGAUGAACCCGCUGUUGCUGAUAACAGCAGCGAGAACGAGGUGCCGCCGGAAUUUCUGGUGGAACACGUGUGA